CUUCAGUCUCUAGUUCGUCUUCCGCCAUUAAAGGUCUUUGGAAGCUCAAAGUGCUCACUCAGAAGCGUCCACUGGAAUUUCGAUUUCCCUGUUUCCUGGUGGAAGAUUUCGCUAGUGGAUUAGUCAUCAAACUUUGAUAUAAGUUAGAGCUCAGAAAUGAAUCUUGAGACGGAUGCUGAGUUACCCCAAGCUGAGGAAUCAAUUCCCGAAGUGACUAUGGAACAUAAUUCUAAUGAAGGACCGUCUGAUUCGAUGAAAGAUGACCUUGAGGUUUCACCUAGUUGCUCUGAUGAUUCGAGCAUCGGGGACAUUUUUUACAAUGAUGAACCUGACUUCCUAGAAAUGCAAAGGGUAAAUAAUAUAAUCAAAGCGGCUUACAAGGAAUUCAUGGCAAUAGCCAUCAGAGCAAACGCUUUGAUUUUCCAUCCUCCAGCAGUAGGUUCAGUAGAGGAUUUACAAGAGAUGUUCCACACUACACCACCUCGUGGAUCUACAGUUGAAUGUUCCGUCGAGUAUGACGUUCUUUCCAUUACUCCAGAAUCGCUGAUCACAAUAAUGAUGAAUGGGGUGAUAUGGAGUUCGAUAUUUUCCAACAUCAUUUGUGAUGGAUCAUUUGAAAAUGUUCUCACUCCUUUGAAAGAAUUCUGGUCAGCAGAUUCAAAUUCAAAUUCUAAGGAUGUUGACACAGAAAAAGAAAAUAUAUGA